AUGUAUAUGAAGCUAUCCAUCAACGAAAAGAUCGAGCUCGCUUAUGACCAGCCCUCUGCGCAAGUCAACAUCGAAAUCAAGUUCAUAGACGAGAACGGUAAAGAUAUUUCAUUUAACCGCUUUCAAAUAGAUGAUUUGUUAAAUGGAACUUAUGAAAUUCGACUCAAUUUAGUACAAAAGUCUGAUCAACGGCCUUGUGGUUUUACCACGAUGGAAAUUGGCUGCUGGAGUAACAAGAUAGUCAAUUACCACGGGCCAUUCUGGCUAAAGAAAGAUUUACAACUUGGUGACCUUGACAUUUUUCAACUGUUUCCCAAUGUUGACGGUGAUUGUAUGUAUAUGUUCCGAAUUUGGAAGACAGAACCGAUUAAGAGAGCCGAGGCAACGAAUCUAGCCCCUGGGGGUACAUCGCAGUGUUUUCGAAUCACGGAUCAUCGACAAGGUAUGAUAAGCAGAUUACCUAAUGCAUGA